AUGUCCUUGAACAUCCUUAUCUUAGGUAGUGGUGGUAGAGAACAUGCCCUUGUGUGGAAAUUGGCAGAAUCACCAUCUGUCAAGAAAAUCUACUUGGCUCCUGGCAAUGGUGGUACCGCUGUUGGAGCACACGGUAAAACUGUUAAUGUACCAGACAUGAGCAUAUCUCCAUCAAACUUCGAAAACUUGGCCAAAUUCGCUGUGGAACACGACAUUGGUUUAGUGGUUCCUGGUCCUGAACAACCUUUGAUCGAUGGUGUUGCCGAAUUUUUCAAGAAGGUGGGUAUUCCUGUCUUUGGUCCUGGUAAGGCUACAGCAGCUUUUGAAGGUUCCAAAACUUUCUCAAAGGAUUUCAUGCACAAGCACAAUAUCCCAACAGCACGUUAUGGUAACUUUUCCGCCUAUGAAGAUGCUAAGAAAUUCUUAGAUUCUGUGGAUUUCCAAGUUGUUUUGAAAGCUGAUGGUGUCGCUGGUGGUAAAGGUGUGUUGAUCCCUAACAGUAUGCAGGAAGCUCAAGAAUCCUUAAAGGCCAUAAUGGUGGAAAAGCAAUUCGGUAGUGCUGGUGAUUCUAUUGUCAUCGAAGAAUAUUUAGAAGGUGAUGAAAUUUCCAUUUUGACCAUUUCUGAUGGAUACUCCUACGUCAAUUUGCCAGCCGCUCAGGAUCACAAGAGGAUCGGUGAAAAUGAUACUGGUUUGAACACUGGUGGUAUGGGAGCUUAUGCACCUGCUCCUGUGGCAACACCUCAGCUUCUGCAACAAAUAGAUUCUGAAAUCGUUAAACCAAGUAUUGAUGGUAUGAGAAAAGAACGUAGACCUCUUGUGGGUGUUUUAUUCACUGGUAUUAUCCUCACAAAGAAUGGUCCAAAAGUUUUGGAAUACAAUGUUAGAUUCGGUGACCCUGAGACUCAAACAGUACUCCCACUAUUGAGUGAUGAUACCGAUUUGGCAGAAGUUAUGUUAGCAGCUGCCGAACACAGAUUAGAUUCCGUUGAAAUCAAGCUCAAAGAGAAUACUUAUGCUACUACCGUUGUGUUAGCUGCAGGGGGAUAUCCAGAUAAAUAUGAUAAGGGUGAAGAAAUCACCGUUGAUGAAGAACUUCUGCCAAAGGGAUCUUAUGUUUUCCAUGCAGGUACUACAUUGAAAGACGGCAAAAUAGUCACCGCUGGCGGUAGAGUCAUUGCUGCCUCUGCUGUGGGAUCUACUUUGAGAGAAGCAGUGGAUACUGCAUAUCAAGCGAUCAAAUGCAUCCACUUCAAAAACAGCUACUAUAGAAAAGAUAUUGCCCACCGUGCUUUCAGAGAUGCUGAUGUCGCUGCAUCUACUGGUAUUACUUACGCUGACUCUGGUGUUUCUGUGGAUAACGGUAACUUAUUGGUUCAAAGAAUAAAGGAAAAAGUGAAGUCCACUAGUAGACCAGGUGCUGAUUCUGACAUCGGUGGUUUUGGUGGUCUUUUCGAUUUGAAGCAAGCUGGAUACAAUACUGACGACACUUUAUUGGUGGGUGCUACCGAUGGUGUUGGUACUAAAUUGAUGAUUGCUCAAGAGAAUAACAUUCACAACACUGUUGGUAUCGAUUUAGUGGCAAUGAAUGUGAAUGAUCUAGUGGUUCAAGGUGCUGAGCCUUUGAUCUUCUUGGAUUAUUUUGCUACCGGUAAAUUAGAUCUCAAAGUUGCCUCUGAUUUUGUGUCUGGUGUUGCAGAUGGUUGUAUUGAAAGUGGUUGUGCUCUUGUCGGUGGGGAAACUUCUGAAAUGCCAGGUAUGUAUCCAGAGGGUCAUUACGAUACCAACGGUACUGCUGUUGGUGCCGUGAGGAAGACUGAUAUCUUACCAAAGAUUUCUGCUAUGCAAGAAGGUGAUGUGCUAUUAGGUUUGGCCUCAGAUGGAAUUCACUCCAAUGGAUUUUCGCUUGUGAGAAAGAUAAUCGAACACACAGGGCUUCCAUGGGACGCUAAAUCUCCUUGGGAUUCUACAAAGACCCUUGGAGAAGCCGUCUUGGUGCCUACCAAGAUUUAUGUUAAACAAGUUCUACCAUCUAUCAAAGAAAACUUGUUGCUUGGUCUUGCUCACAUUACUGGUGGUGGUCUUAUCGAAAAUAUUCCUCGUGCUCUACCAUCACAUUUGCAGGCAAAAUUAGACAUUAACACCUGGGAAAUUCCAGAAGUGUUUAAAUGGUUGGGUAAAGCUGGUAACGUUCCCGUCGACGACAUCUUGAGAACUUUCAACAUGGGUAUUGGUAUGGUAUUGAUUGUCAAGAAGGAAAAUGUCUCGAGAGUUAAGCAACACUUGAAAACCGCCAAUCAAAAAACUUUCGAAAUCGGUACAUUGGUUCAUAAGAAUGAAAACCAACCAGGUUGUGUCAUCGACAAUGCCGUCAAUUUGUAUUAA